AUGGCAACCUUCAGGGACCACCUGCAGCAGCUCCACCUCUAUUUUCGCAACAGUGCGAACAGAACAUCUGUUCUGAAAGCAGCAGCACAGACCCUGGGCCUGGCAGACCUAAAAGUGAAGGUUCCUGUGACGAUUGCCAUUUUGAGAACCAUAAGGGAUGCGGGAGACCAUCAGCCUCCUGGAUCAUUUCUCUCACGGCUACACCAAGACCUUGAUAACCCUACAGGGUUAUCAAGUUUUGGUGUAGUCCAUGAGGAGGAGAGGAACCGGAGACACAGAGGCUCCUUAGAGGAGCACAGCCGAGAGCAACUCUGGGUGAUGGAACCUUAUCUCGAUGCGCUUGUUGAGAGUUUGGAGAGGCGUUUUGGGAGUCUAGACCUGCUAGGAGCAUUCCAUGUUCUUGGGCCUCAGGCUGCCAAGGAGGACGAGGCUGUCUGUGUGAGGAAUCUAAAACUCCUGUCAAAUAAAUUUCUGACAGGAGACCAGGUGAUCCAAGAGUGGACCUCUUUCAGGCAACAUAUCCUGAUAGGAGCAUUCCAGGGCAUGGACCAGCAGCAGAUAAUGACGCGACUGGCGUCACAGAUUGACGAGUGGGGUCAGCUUUAUCCUGGACUCAAUAAACUGGCUGCCAUUGGUCUCACAAUUCCAGUCUCAAGUGUCAACUGUGAGCGUGACUUUUCAACACUGAACAGGGUGAAGACUGACCUGAGAAACAGGCUACAGGGAGAGCAUCUGGCGACUUGUUUGAGAGUCAGCAUCAAUGGCCCCCCCACCACCAAAUUCCCCUACAGAAGAGCCCUGGAGCUCUUCUUUAAAAAGCCCAGGAGAAUUAAAUGCUCCCAGGCUGGAUGUAGCCUUUGUGGAUGAGCAAAAACUUCACAGUUCUCCGUCUGUUGUCUUCUUUGUCCUCAUCCUCCUGUCGCUCUCUUGUCCUCUUCCCCUGACUCUCACUGUCUCACAAAGGAGCUGAGCUCACCUGAGGUCUAUUUGUAGUGCUAAGGCUCACACUGAUUGGUAUUCAAUUAGCUUUAUUUUUUAUUUUUCAUGUGUGUGAGUCUGUGUUCUUUUCAAAUUUUAGUUAGGUUUAUAAUUUAAAAAGAUGUGUUUUGCCCAUUGUUGCAGGAGAUUUCAUUUUUGAACAAAGUGUCUUAUGUAAAAAACAGUUAGUGUUUAAGCAUUAGGCAAAAAUCUGUAAAUAAAUUGUGCAAAUUAUAUUUGCA